AACCAAGUCGUCACUCGGCACUUGCUUAUUGUGUAGUUCAGUUGGUUUGGUCCAGACGUCCAGUGAGUAAAGGAUUCCUUCUUUCGUUUCAAUUAUGGGCAACACUAUCAGCAAAGUAGGAAAUUUCCUUUUAGGAAAAGGAAAUGAUGAGAAAAAGCCUGAACGUUCUUUAAAGAAAAGAAAGUUUGUAGAGGAGUUGGAUCAAGAAGACGUAAAACGGCAAAGAGUUGAGAAUGGAGAAAUAUCGUCCGAAGAUAAUCAAGAAGAUGAUGAUCAUCAAGAAGAUGAUGAUGACGAUGAUCAUGAUGUUGAGGAGGAAAGGGAUGCAGACGAUGAAGCUGAUCUCGAUGCCAAUGAAGACGAUGAGUUUGAUAAUCUGCGAAAUGAAGAAAUUGAUUUACUUGUAGAUAUUAAGAAUGGAGAAAUAUCGUCCGAAGAUAAUCAAGAAGAUGAUGAUCAUCAAGAAGAUGAUGAUGACGAUGAUCAUGAUGUUGAGGAGGAAAGGGAUGCAGACGAUGAAGCUGAUCUCGAUGCCAAUGAAGACGAUGAGUUUGAUAAUCUGCGAAAUGAAGAAAUUGAUUUACUUGUAGAUAUUAAGGAUCCAGUUGGUGAUGAGUUGUUGGUUGCCUCUGGUGAAGGGGACACUAUUAAUAACAAAAGGGACUCUAUUCACACCGAUGACAAUAUUCAGAACGAUGACGCGCAUCCUGACUUGCAACCCGAGAACGAGCACAUCAUGACCCGCGGCGAGAACGAAGAAGGUACAGCUCAUGCAGAGAUCACAUUGCAGGUAUCUAUAGCACUCCAAAGACUCGAAGAUUCAAGAAGACUUGAGGAGGUUCAACAAGAAGAUACAGAUGAGGAACAUUAUGAAGAGGAAGACAUUAAUGUCAGCGAAAGUGAAGAUGAGGACGAUCUUGAGGAUGUUGAUGAUGAAGAUGAUGAUGAUGAUGAUGAUGAUGAUGACGAUGAAGAAGAUGAUGAAGAAGAAGACGAUGAAGAAGAUGAAGAUGAUGAUGAUUAUGAUGUCAAAGAUGAUGUCAAAAACAUAAUCCAUCGAUUUACGUAUUUGCUGGGAAAUGAUAUUAGAAGCUUAAUGCUAUACCGUUCUAUAUUUAACGGUAUUGCGAAGAAUACUACUACAGCACUGCACAUCAGCGCUUGGCUGGGACAUGAGACAUUGGCACUUAGAUUGUUGAAGAAAGGAAGAAAUGUUGAUGUCAAUGCUCGAGAUAUUGGAGGGCGAACUGCUCUCCACAUGGCUGCCUGGAAAGGCCACAGUGAAAUCAUUCAAAUACUCCUGGAACACGGCGCUCACCCGAGGGUCAUCAGUCGCCAAGCAGCUACUCCUUUGGCGAUCGCUCUUCAGGAGGGACACAAUGACUGCAUAAAAAUACUUGCGACAGCAUGUGGAGAAUCUGAGCAAGAGAAACUAAGCAAUUAUGGGAUAUUGUUUGAAAAGCCCCACCUAUGGUGAGAGGACCCCCAGCCAUCUCCUGUUGUAUGUGUGUUCGCGUUGAGGAAUAGAAAGAAUCAUCUCGACCAAUGGCAAGCGAGCAUUCAUGACUACUGAGUUUUAAUAUUAAUCGGACGACAAAUAAUGUUUGUCUUAAUUGUUAAAUUUAUCGUAUUGAUUUCAAAAUAAUUUUGAUUUGAUUUCAAAUAUAUGUUACACGAUACCUGAAGAUUUAUGUAACUUGAUGAAAAUCGUGUUUGUAAAAUCUAUUUAAUGGUUGAUUGUUCAUUUUUGCUAGUUUAUUAAUAGUGCCUGAAAAUUUAAACGAUUUUAUGUAGAUGAAAGACGAGGGAAUAUGUUAUAUUAUGCUUUAUUUGAUUGCUUUAUUUGUUGCUUGUGUAAUUGUUUGAAUAGUUAUAAAUUUUUUAUAGGAAAAGAAAGAAGAAUUUGUAAAGAGUAUUGUGCUUUUGUUUGAAAACUUAUGAAAUGUUUCAUAAAAGCAACUGGCUGGUGGUGUUGUAAGUAAUUAUAUUAUUGAGAAAAAAUUUAUAAGUAGUAUAAGAUAAAUAGUUAAUGUGUAAUUACAUUU